AUGGCGGCAAAGGCCCCGCGAGAUCGUGGACCCGAGGAAAACACCCCUAAGCGCCGCCGCCGCGAGGCCCUCUCCUGUGACAGCUGUCGGGCCAAGAAGACCAAGUGCGAUCGCCAGCUCCCCUGUGGCCGCUGUGUCCGGCUCAUGACGCCUCAUUUGUGUGUCUACCUGAGUCCCAGCCACUUGAAUAAUGCUCCUGCCAUAGUCCGCCCCGUCAAUAACCCCUCCAACGACCUCAAACUGGAACUUGCCACUCUUAAACACCGGCUCCAGGAACUUGAAGGACGCGUGCCAGUAAACGUGCCCCCGGGAGUACCACCGCCUCCAGGCCCCGUACCACCCCAGAUCCCCCCUCAGAUCUAUGCUCAUUUGUCGACGCCGUACCCGGGACCUUACCCCGUCCAGCCACCACCAUUUGAGCCAUCGCACACUCCCGACGGGCCUCCCAGAGUUCCGUUUGCCAUGCCGGGGUUUUUCCAACAACCCAGUCCACCCCUACCUUCCCCUCCUGGCCUCCACCCUCACACGUCGCCUAAUGGUAUCCCCCGGUCAUCCCCGGACACUAAUAGUGUCACCCCGGUCAAAUCAUACAAAGAACGCGACCUGUUCUUGUUUGAACUGUAUAAACAAAUCGUCGAUGAGAAUACGGAUAUCCUUGUGGGCAACAACCCUGUCGACGACCCUGAUGGUGAGAUUCUGUUCUUUUUCCGGGGUAACACCAACUUAUUUAUUGACGAAGAGGAAAAGAAGUCAGUACACGAGUACCCCGGCCCAGGACCGACUUUCGUCCCUAAUCGAUCGUUCCCGUUCAUGGUGCUUACCAAGAGAGACCCAGGCAUGGCCGUCAUUCGCAACUACGACAGCAAGAAGGAGAAGCAGUUCAAUUAUAAGGAUAUGUUCUUCUACCGGUUCGACAAACACACCAACCCGGUGCUUCUGCGGUUAGACAACCGCACCAAGGAGCUCUUUGGCGACAUGUACGUCAAGCAAGUCGAAGACGGUCACCUGAUAUCAGAAGUGAAGGACCUGUUGUCGCGCUGGGGGAAACCGAUCGGGGUUACAUUUUUGCCCAGCGAGGACACGGCGCCGCUGUAUUUGAUGUUGUCAUUGGAAGAGAAGUUGAGGCGGGUGUUGAAGCUGAUGGCGCCGUUGGAAGUGUACUUUGAUGUGUUUUUCUCCACGCUCUACGGCUAUUUCCCCAUCGUCGAUGAGAACCAAAUCCGCAAGGAUUGUCGGCGAAUCUUUGGUGAAGACUCUAGCGCUGCCGACCUCACCAUCAAAAUCACCAAAGAACAAGAUUUGGCCCUGGUGGCGUUGAUGAUGUACAUCGCUCUGCUUUCGUACUCGUCGCUCUUGAGUCUUGGUGCCGGCGCCAACCAACCCCUGGAGUAUCCUAGUGGUCCCAAACGUCAAGUGAUCCGGUCCCCGGUGCCCAUUGAGGCCAUUAUCGUCACCGAAGAGUGCUUAAACCACUACAACUUUAUGCGCAAGCAGCCGAUCGUGGUGGUGCAAGCGUGUCUUUUCGCUCACUUGUUCGAGCAGUACUCUUCGAUCAUGGGAGACCUGUUGUCUAACGGCUCUCGCCAAAGCAUUCUUGGAGUUAUCGUCCAAAUGGCUAUGGCGUUAGGGCUCAACAGAGAUCCCGAUUACAUCAACAUCCACAUGAGCGAACCACAAAAGCAUUUACGACGUAAACUUUGGUUUAUUUUGGUAAGAUUGGAUAUCUACGAAAACAUGACCAAGGGGGUGCUGAUGUGUAUCGCCGAAAACUCGUGGGACGUCAAGACGCCUCAAUACAACACGCAAAACUCCAACCUCGAUCCCAAGCGCGAGCAGAUGGAAAAGCAAAUCAGCUGCAUGUUCAUAAGAUUCCGUCCCGCCAUCAUUGACCUUGCUGAAAUUUGUUACGUGGUCUCUGACGUGAAAAAUCCCAUCAAGCUCUCGAGAUUGGUUGACAUUAUUGGCGAGACCGAGGUGCUGAUGGUACGUCUUUUCGGUCGAUUCCUGGUGUUGGCAAAGGAUUCAUUCCUCAUUCCAGCAGAGUCCGAUGGCACCGAUCCCGAAUUGACUUCAGCAGUGGUGAUGAUCAAAGGCUACGAGUACUAUCUUCAGGCAAAGUUAUACCUUGUGGUGAUUUUCUUCCGGUUGUACAUAUACUACUACAAUAAGGGUAACGUUGACCUCGAGUUCUUUUAUCUUCGCAAAAUGCUUACGGUAAUGUGUGUUGAGCUUGGCGAGUUUGUCACUGAUGCUAUCAACAUUGCUUUGACUCCCGGUGGUAAAGCGGGCAUUUUCCCCAUCAUCAUCAUUCCCUGGCUCAAUCGGUACCUUCAGAUUCUUGGUUCGUUAAUGUCGCUGUUGUUUUGUCGACUUGCAGUGACGGUUGAUUGCAGCGACCCCAGUAUCAAGACUAGCAAGAAGCUUGUUCGUGCCAUUUUGGCGGACUGCUACCACAAAGCUCAAAGAUGCAGUAACCAAGUGUUUGUUCUGUGGCGGCACAAAAAGGCUGCUCUCUAUAUGUACCACUUGUUGCGGGAACCUCAGCUCUAUCAGGCCAACCCUGAGCUCCUGGAACAGGCUCGGGUAAAGUACACUGAUAAGCAGCAUCAGGAGCUUUGUGAGAUCAUGGAGCUGUACACGCGAGUCAACCACGUCUUCCAGCACGCCCAAACGCAAACCGACAUGUUAUCGUUUAUCAACCUGUUGAUGGACGACCAGGCCGCUCAAAACGGUGCUCCUCCCAGUCCCCUCAACUUGCAAGACGAGUAUGUCGUUGCCAAUGAGCUCCAAGUGGAAAACUUCUGGCGACAAUUGCGCAAUAUAUUCACCGCAGCAGGAUCGGCUUUGGUACCGACCCCGAACGUCGAAUCGAAGAUCACCCAACCAAAGUCAACUGAGAACCCGAUGUCACCUUUAAAGAUGACGACGUACGAAUCCCAGGUGUCGCCGAUGUCUAUAUAUGGUUUCUUUGACGGCGAGCUCUCCGGUCGUGACGACGUUAACUCGCUUAGUGACAUUUUCGCUUGGGGCACUUCUACAGACAAGUAG